GUGGUGUGUGAGGCGUGUCCUGUCAGCGGUGUUUUGGUCUUUCCCAUUAGUGUCAUUGGAAAUCUGUAAACCACAUGGAGGACAGUUGAGUGUUUUACUACAGCUGCAAACAACAAGGCGAUAUUUCUGUUCAAGGGAGAUAGAAAGCCAGAAACGAUGGAACAAGUCGAAACCAGUUAUUCCCUCUGUUUGAGUGAGUUAGUUCACUGAUUGGGACCGUCAUUGCUUUUCUUUAAAUAUGGUGGAAAAUCAGCACGAACACGCUUCAACUAUCAAACUCUCACAUACAACGAUCACAACGUCAUCUAACUCGACAACGUUGAGCUUUUUUUCGCGAGAUCUAUUUCAAAUGCCAGAACAAAAGAAGACAGAAUCACUCAAUCUCCAAGUUGGGUCGGCAGAAUGGCAAGAAUAUAUCCGACAAGAGCUGCAGAGGGAGCUAGAGGCAAAAGUAAGAGCAGUUCUGAAGACUCCACCCAUUGAACGUCUGCAGAAACUUCGUGAAAAAAUCCAGCAGCAGAAGAAAGACAACAAACCAAAUGUGAUGCAAUUCAACGACAAACUUUUGAUACACUGGAUCAGCUCCAAAGAACAACAGGAAAAUGAAGAGCGGGAACAACAAGAAAAACAAGAGCGUCUUCACAGAAAUCAACAGUUAAUGACAAAACAGAGAACUUUACCAUCUUUCACUUACAACAUUCCUCCUUUAUUUCAACCGUUCGUGAAGAAUGAAAACUCAGUCAUAGGAUAUCGGCGGUACUUCGAUGCUGAAUGUAACAUCCCGGAGCCAAUUAUGGAUCGUCUGUAUCGCAAUCUGGAACCACCAAAUACUUUUCGACCCGUGGAAAAUUUCUGUAAACUACAAAAUGAGUUUGGAUUCAAAUGGCCAGAUUCUCUCGGUCCUUUAUUGCCGUCGGUCAAGUUCCAGAAUGGUACGAAGCAUCUAUCUGAACCCCUGUCCAACUACUUAGCAGUACCAACGCAAACCAUUGAGACACAAAUCGCUCCCUAUAAAAGCCAUACAAAAUGGUCACGACCAAUAAUUGUGUAUGAUUCUGAGAGGAAUUCACCCUAUAACUGUCCAUUGAUGUCAUCUGAAGAUUAUGGUCCUUCACUGGUGUUUGAGUCGAGAUUUGAAAGUGGGAAUUUACGGCAAGCUCGAAGAGUGGGUCAGUUCGAAUAUGAAUUUGUUUUGAAGUCAGAUCUUUACACUAACCGUCACACACAAUGGUAUUUCUUUCGUAUUGAGAAUACGGUGCCAGGAAUAGACUACAAGUUCCGGAUUGUAAAUUUACUGAAGAAGGACAGUCUUUACAACUACGGAAUGCGGCCUUUGAUCUAUUCUGAAGAGGAAUUCAAGAGGAAUGCUGUAGGCUGGAAGAGAACAGGACACCACAUUUUGUAUAGCCGGAACAUAACCAACUUACAGUGUCCACUACUAACUAGAGGAAUACCAUACUAUAUGCUGGAAUGGCAAAUGGAAUUCCCAUACGCCGACAGCCAAUAUUACCUGGCUCACUGUUAUCCGUAUACCUUCACUGACCUUAAAGAUGACCUGGAUGAUCUUAUAACACAACCGUCCACAAGUCCCUGGCUAAAACGUGAAGUUUUGUGUGAGACAAGAGCUGGAAAUUCCUGUUUCCUAGUGACUAUAACUGACUUUGAUACAAGUGAUGAAGAAAAACAAGCUGUAGUAUUGUCAGCUCGUGUCCAUCCUGGAGAAUCUCAGUCAAGCUGGAUGAUGAAAGGAAUCCUGUAUUUUCUGACUAGUCCUCAUGUGGCAGCACAGGAAUUACGUAAGAAGUUCAUCUUUAAAAUAGUUCCCAUGUUAAACCCAGAUGGGGUUAUAAUCGGCAACUAUCGGUGUUCAUUAGUCGGACGUGAUUUGAACAGGAAUUUUAGGCACCCCAUUAAAAGUAGUUGCCCCACGGUAUGGUACCUGAAGUCUAUGAUCGAGAAACUCGGCCAAAAUCACCAAAUAAUGCUUUACUGUGAUUUACACGGCCAUAGCAGGAAACACAAUGUUUUUAUGUACGGAAACAACACGUGUGACAACGGGAAAUCUGGGAUAGCAAGUGCCAAAUCUUUUCUCAAUGACAGACUCUUUCCAUGGAUCACUGCAUUACAGGCUCCAGAUAAAUUUUCAUUCACAUCCUGUAAAUUCCGCAUCCGAAAAUGUAAAGAAUCAACUGGCCGUGUUGUGAUGUGGCGUCAAUUACACAUUGCCAAUAGCUUUACUAUGGAGGCAGCGUUCAGUGGUUCGGUUCUUGACAGAGGACAGAAACCGUGUCACUUCAGUAUUGGAGACUAUGAAGACAUGGGUAAAUCACUGUGUAUGGCUAUUUAUAACUUCCACAAGGCCCAGGCUGAUGAACGCCUUCAAGCCAAAUUCACAUUUAGCCUUACCCGCCAAAUAACACAACAGCUCAUGAAGAACAAUGAUACUUCUAACAAUAAGGUACCACAGCUAAAAGACAUUCUGAGAGAAAAUCAGCAAAAUAAAGCAAAGAACGACAUCCAUGCGUCGAAAAGACAUCAUUCAAACAAUCAGAACCAGAAUCGAGGUGACGAAAAAGAUACAACUGAGGGUGAAAUUGUUGAUUCAGCAGUUUCUGGCUUGAAUUAUUCUGGAAGUAGAAUGGAUGCCGCCAGUGAAGAUCUAUUAGUGAUGCCACAACAGAGAACAACGCCAACCUACGGCAGUAAUGACAAGAUUCAAGAGCUGAUGAUGGAUGGGAGCGAUCAGUUGGAUGAAACGACUAACAAUCCCUUAGAAACAAUGAAUGGCUGUUUGAAACUUUUGCUUAGCCUGAAGGCCACUGAAGCUCUAGUGGAAUCUGAUUCCAGUGACAGCGACAGUGAUACAGAUUCCGAGAUCAAACCUGAAGUCCAGAAGCCGCCUCAACGUCGACGAGAAUCUCGCAAGAAAAGAUCAAGAUGUUUGCCACCGAGUGUUAAAACGUCUUCUCUAAAAACUGCCUGGACGAAAGACUCUUCAAAGAAAAAGACGAACGUAUCAUCAAUUGCCGCCAAAAAGGAGCAGAAGGUAUCAAAAUACUUACCACACUUCGUCAGCAAAUACGAUGGGAGGACAAACGGUGGAAUCCCAUGUUAUUCCAAAGAAAGAUCUUUAGAGAGAAUAGCUGCAAAGAGGUUGUUAAGAGCGAAGGAGCAUUUUGACGACAAAGAGCAAACGGGGGACAACAGCGGUUCCGAAUAUCAACACAUUGAAGGAAUUAGUUUCUAUCCUCGAUACUGGACCCAUGUUGAUAUUAUUCAUAGCAAAUCUCAUAAUGUCUUUUCUAAAGGAUCUUCAACUUCGGCGAAAAGUUUCCUCAAUCCGACUUUUCAGUCACAAAUCAGAAGUUGCAAUGGGUCAGCCUAUUGUGUACGGAACAGUGAGGAAGCGGUUACAGAUCAGGGUUUAACCUCAGACAACAGUAAAAUUCACGAGGUAUGCCCCAAAUUUCUACCAGCUGGCUGCCCAUUGAAGCCUAGACACCGUUCUUUGGAACAGUUGAAUCAUCUACAGAGCGCUCGAUUAUUAAGGACGAACAAAGUGGAGCCAUGUGAUUUUAAAACAAUUAGGUUCAAUAUAGACACCUAUGGAAUACUUGGAUGA